UAGAUUGAAGUGUUUGGCCAGAUGGCGUUACAAGGGUGUAUUUACAGAGGCAGAAAACCAGUUCACUGGAGUCCUUCAUCCCGAACUGCUCUUGCUGAAGCUGAAUUGGAGUAUCCGGAAGGUCAUGUUUCAAAGAGCGUAUAUGCAGUUUUCAAAUUAGUCUCUGUCCCCACUUCAUGUGAAAUGCUAGAGGAUUUCUUUCCUAAUUUGGGCAUUGCUAUUUGGACUACAACUCCUUGGACCAUUCCUGCCAAUGCUGCUAGAAGGCCACGAAGCCUAAUAAUCUCGGAACUUUUUCCAAGAGAUUAG